AUGGAGUGUGUAGCAUUAGAGGGUGCCAAGCACGAGAUUUUGCAACCCAUGGAAGGACAAGACGACAGAGCUAGAGGGCGACAGGGAUCAGCGUUCCGUAAAUGAAGGUUGGAAUCGCGGGAUGGAGAAUGAAACUGGUGCGAAAUCUCAGCAGAAGAGCCUGCAAGUGGUGAAGGAAGAAAUAGUGAGCAGCAUCGCAGCCCAUGCUCAGGGGAGACCUCAAAAAGUGUCGCUCUCUCCUAG